AUGGACUCCGAUUUGUCUUUAAUUAGAGAUAUUAAUAUUAUUAAUAAAAGAAGACAAAUCACUGAAAGAGUUAAAUAUAUUAAGUGCAACCCUUUGGAUCAAUAUCCAGAAAAUGCGUUUAAAAAACGCUAUAGAAUGAAUAAAAAUUCAUUUACAGAUCUAUUAAAUUUCAUAAAACAAGAUCUUGAGAUAGGGCCAUCUCAUAAUCAUCGAGUACCUGCAGAUAAACAAUUAUUAAUUGCACUUCGAUAUUAUGCAACAGGAUCGAUGCAAACAGUGAUACUAUUGGAUUAUCACAAUCUACAAUAUCUCGGACUGUCGCCCGUACCUUUUCCUGGAGUAAUUGGUGCAAUUGAUUGCACACAUAUACAAAUAUUAGCAUCAGGUGUUAGCAAUCGUGAAAUAUUUCGUAACAGAAAAGGUUGCAUAACAAUUAAUGUUCAAGCAAUUUGUGAUGCAAAUCUUAGAUUUACUAAUGUAGUUGUUAGAUGGCCUGGUUCGGUACAUGAUAGUCGCAUAUUUAAUAAUAGUGAAAUCUGUGCUAAACUUGUUAAUAAAGUUAUUUCACCCGGUUGGUUGUUAGGUGAUGGCGGUUAUGGAUGUAAACCAUAUUUAUUAACACCAUUAUUAGAUCCUAAGACUAAUGCAGAAAAAGCAUAUAACUAUUCACAUAUAAGAACAAGAAAUACAAUUGAAAGAGCUUUUGGUGUUUUGAAAAAAAGAUUUUCAUGUUUAUCAGGAUCUAUUAAACAAGAUAUUAAUAAUUCAUUAACAACAAUCACCGCAUCACGAAAAUCACAAUACAACUAA